AUGACAUUAUUUGAUUUCUUCAGCAACAAGAGAGCACGGCGCUCGUUAUCUCCAAAAGCCGCUGAACGCUCGUUACCCUCGAAUGAUGUUGACACCAGAGACACGCCGCUUCCCGAGCGGAUUUGCAUCCAUUCCAAUGAUAUAGUCGAUACUCUGCUUGAAAUAUGCGAGGGCAGCGUAUUGGUGCCACCGUCCGAUGCCAUACCGGUGCGGCGAAACAUAACGAUCCUGCGACCAUUCAAGUUGUUAGUCUAUCACGAAAAUCGAAUUCGUGAUUUUGCGGAAAGACUCGAGGAUAAAUUUGCACAUCUUCUCAAAGCAGGCUCCAAUGUUGCUCAUGGCACCACUGAUAACUCUGGGGAGACGGCGAGAGACCACAUUGAUAUCGGGGCUGGCACUUCCAAAGCAGAAGCGAAGGAUGACCGGUCAUCCGAAGAUAACAACUCACUGGAACGAUUCCUUGAAGGACGCUCACCCAUCGCGCUUCUCCAUAUUCGUUGCCUACUCAACUUCAUGGACAAGGAAAUAAACGCCAGAAAGAAGCACCUCAGGAGCUCGUCAUGCGAAAAGAUUACUUUCAGCGACGUGUGGCAUCUCUUCCAGCCAGGCGAAGAAGUCAUUGAUCAGGGGCAUAAACAAGUCUACCGGGUUUUGCAUGUGCAGAUACCCAUGCACAGAGCCAGUUCUCCAUUAUCGCGCUACUUCCGGUCCGAGAGAGGGAAUUAUGAGAAGCCUGCCACUGUCGAAUGCAUCUAUAUCGACUUUGAUGGCGAGAGACUUGGUCCUGUGACUAAGACUUUUGAGAUCCCUAGAUUCGAUCAAGAGAAGCCAAUCCGAUCCUUGCCUAUCUAUCCUUUUGCCAGAGAUCUUGAACACGGCUUUCGAGAUAGCCUGGUUGAGAGGGGCAAGAAACUUUGGGAAGUGAUACAGGUCAGGCCCAUGCAUUACAGAGGUCGCACUAUCGACACAAGGGAGGAGAUAGACAGUCAGGUCAUGGUCGACUUCAGUGAAGUGUUAGGCCAUGCAGAAGACUAUGGCAAGAGUUGGAAACCCAAAGUCGAAUUCAUAACUAGGUCCUCCGAGGAUCCAGAGACAGACGCCAGCGAACGGCUUUGCGCUAGUGAUUGCUGCGAGGCACAAGGAAUCAUCGCAGACCGUUCCAUCGAUAGAAAGAAGACCAAUAACUUCAUCGACAGCCUAAUCCCUACAACACUAGCGGAACGGCCGUCGCUCAUCAUAUACCCACAGACCUUGCAAGAGAUGUUAGACGUCAAGAGCACGCCGACUGAAGAUGAGCUCGUUCUCAUGAGCUACAGGGUCUUUGGAUUCAUUUUAAGAAGCAGAAAAUGGGCGGAGCUCGACUUGACACAUCUCGAGUACGAUAACGAGGAUAACAGGAACAGCGUUCUGAAUGCUUUCGAUAGCCUCAUCCUUCCCGAUGGCCACAAAGACAUGGUCCAGUCUCUAGUGACGCAGCAUUUCCGUGACAAAAGGGUCAGAGAAAAACACGCCGACAACAAGACGUAUACCGACAUGAGAACCGACCUUAUCCGAGGAAAAGGACAGGGACUGGUUAUGCUUCUUCACGGAGCACCCGGCGUCGGGAAGACGACUACGGCAGAGGGCAUAGCAGAGACAUUCCAAAAGCCCCUGUUCCAAAUCACAUGUGGCGAUCUCGGAACAACAGCCGCAGAAGUCCAGGUGGAGUUAGAAAAGAACUUCACGCUGGCGAGUCGAUGGGACUGUAUCCUUCUGCUGGACGAAGCCGAAGUCUUUCUUGCGUCUAGGGAAAGAAAGGACCUUCAGAGAAACGCCCUCGUCGCGGUCUUCCUCCGCGUGCUCGAAUACUACACCGGCAUCCUCUUCCUGACAACCAACCGCGUCGGUGACUUCGACGAAGCCUUUGCCUCUCGAAUCCAGAUGAGCCUGCAUUACCCCAAGCUCAACCGUGACAAGACGGAGAGGAUCUUCCAGAUCAACAUCAAGCUCAUCGAACGCAAAUUCCGAGAGCAGAAGCGCAACAUAAUGCUGGACUGGGACGCUAUUCGUGCUUUCGCUCUGCAGCACUUCGAUGCCAACGAUAGCAUUGACAAGCAGGGUCUACGAUGGAACGGGCGGCAGAUCCGCAAUGCGUGCCAGACAGCACUGGCAAUGGCAGAAUUCGAGGCGCUCGAAGGCGACAUGUCCGCCGAGAAGGAGCCCAGCUCACACGUGCAUCUGAAACUGAAGCAUUUCCUCACCGUAGAGAAGGCUUGAAACGAUUUCACCAUCUAUCUUGGCGACAUCUACGGAAUGGACUUGGACGAGCGUGCGGCCGAGGCCCACAUGCGCGCUGACGAGGCUGCUGGUGACAAGACCAGAGGGAAGAGACGGCAGUUCGGGCAGAAGAGCGGUGCAGCAUCAGGACACAGGGGGGGCUAGUCCGUAUAACUCUAGAAUGAACACGUUGCGUGAAUGUCCAGCCAUGGCUAAUGACUCUGUAAGAUCAUCAAAAGGCUUACUAUGAUUCACUUUCUUAGUCUGGGGAGCUGGAUAGGUGAGGUCAUGUGUCAUGAAGAAUUUCUGCUAC